AUGGGCGGGAUUGCCAGCAGCAAGCUGCCUCCAGUCAACGACAAAGACUUGAGGACAGUGCUGUCAUACAACAUCAACGAGAACCACAUCAGAUCCGUGUACAAGCUCUUCACUGAGAUUGACGUGGACUCCAAUGGCGUCUGGACCGUCAGCGAGAUGUACAGAGUCCUGAAGGAGCCAAGAAUGUCGGUUCGUGCGCCUGUCAUUGACACCAUCUUCUUCAUGGGUGACAGCAACAGCGAGGGAAGCAUGACGUUUCAGGAUUUCCUGGUAACAAUGUGCUCCUUCUGUGCGCUCUCCAAGGAGGAGAUGCUCCAGUUCCUGUUCAUGAUCAUUGACAUUGACCGAAACGGUACCAUCGAGAAAGAAGAGCUCUUGAACUUUUUCUCUUACAUACCGGCUGGUUCAGAUGAGGGUCGUGGCGAGCCUGUCUUCCCAGUGAACAACAAGAACGCACUGGACAAGUUCCGAGGCGGCAAGUGGAGAAGUCUCCAGUUUGAUGGUCUUGCUCAGCUCUGUGAGCUCUUCCCGUACAUUGCAUACCCUGCUUAUCAUACGCAGGACAUGUAUCGGAAGAUCUUGCUUGGCAAGACCUUCUGGGAGCGGCUAGACUACGAGCGGAUCAAGUACCAGACCGUGGUCAGGACGAAGCGGGUCCGGAUGCCCUUCACCAAGAAGAAGAUCGAGGUGAAGCUACCCGGCCGCUGUACAAUGCAGGAGCUUUUGGAAUACUCGCGGAGGAACACCGCCGUGCAGGGAGGCAAGCGCGUGACGUCCCAGGAUGCUGGAGAGGCGGAGUCCGCAUUGGCCAAGGAGCGAGAUAUGCAGAUUCAGCGCAGUCCCAUCUUGAACAUGAUCCGCAAUCCUCGGUGCAUGUACUACAUUCCCCAGGAGGGCGGCAAGAACAUCCAGAAGCAGAAAGGGCACCGGUCUGAGCUGGAUGUGGGUGAGCAGGAUGUGGAAAGUGACGACGGCGCCGAGAUGGACCAGGGUGGCAGUGAUACCGGGGGAGGCGUCAUCACCGGCGCCCCUAACAAUGCCGAGCACAUGCUGGCCAUUGUGACGGCGAUGCAGAUGAAGCAGAACGAAAAGACAGUUGUGGACGACCUCGAUGACGACGAUGACUAUGAAGGCUCCGACAGCGACGUUCUCUCGGAUGACUCUCGGUGA